UGGUGGGCGCUGCGGGCCCGGUGGCGGGAACGGUGCUUCACGGCCGAGUUGCUAGUCGCCGGGUGCGUGCGUGCGUCCAGCCCCGCGCGUGGGAGCCCCGGCCGCCGCCGCAGCGGGUGCUGCCGCCGCCUGGUGGAGGCAGCGGGGUGGAGGGACGCGCUCGGUGUGAGCGUGCGGUCUCCUCCCGCACCGGCUCGGGCUGUUGACGGACGACACGCCUCUCCCGUAGCUUAACUGGUUCUUGGGUGCAUUCUGUGCCGAGAAGGACGCUUGGAUCUCCAGUUCAGUGUCAGAAUGGCAUCUGUCUCAGCUCUAACGGAGGAAUUGGAAUCCGUAACCGAUGAGCUGCAUGCAGUUGACAUCCAGAUUCAGGAACUCACAGAGAGGCAGCAGGAGCUCCUCCAGAAAAAGGCAGUCCUGACAAAGAAAAUCAAGCAGUGCUUAGAGGGCUCAGAUGCCGUGGCCAGCAGUGACUGCGACUCCUCACCAGCCGAGUGGGAUAAAGAAGAUUUCCCGUGGUCUGGAAAGGUUAAAGAUGUGCUGCAAAAUGUUUUCAAACUGCAGAAGUUCAGAGCCCUGCAGCUGGAAACCGUCAAUGUCACCAUGGCGAGAAAGGACAUCUUUCUGGUCAUGCCCACAGGAGGUGGGAAGAGCCUGUGCUACCAGCUGCCGGCACUGUGCUCAGAGGGUUUUACACUUGUGAUUUGCCCACUCAUCUCUCUUAUGGAAGAUCAACUGAUGGUUUUAAAACAGUUGGGGAUUUCAGCUACUAUGUUGAACGCUUCCAGCUCUAAGGAGCACGUGAAAUGGGUUCACGCCGAAAUGGUGAAUAAAAACUCCCAGUUAAAGCUGGUUUAUGUGACUCCAGAGAAAAUUGCAAAAAGCAAGAUGUUCAUGUCAAGACUGGAGAAAGCCUAUGAAGCGGGGAGACUGACUCGAAUAGCGGUGGAUGAAGUGCAUUGCUGCAGUCAGUGGGGACAUGAUUUCAGGCCCGAUUAUAAGGCUCUCGGCAUCUUGAAGCGCCAGUUUCCCAACACCUCGCUGAUUGGGCUGACUGCAACAGCAACCAACCAUGUGUUGAAGGAUGCACAGAAAAUCUUGUGUGUGGAAAAGUGUUUGACUUUUACAGCAUCUUUCAACCGACCAAAUCUUUAUUACGAGGUUCGGCAGAAACCUCCGAAUGCUGAAGACUUUAUUGAGGACAUUGUAAAACUGAUUAAUGGACGAUACAAAGGACAAUCAGGAAUCAUAUACUGUUUUUCUCAGAAAGACUCUGAACAAGUUACUAUUAGUUUACAAAAAUUGGGAAUUCGUGCAGGCACUUACCAUGCCAAUAUGGAACCAGAAGAUAAGACCAAGGUUCAUACACAGUGGUCAGCCGAUGAACUUCAGGUGGUAGUGGCUACAGUUGCAUUUGGCAUGGGCAUCGAUAAGCCAGACGUGAGGUUUGUCAUCCAUCACUCAAUGAGCAAAUCCAUGGAGAAUUACUACCAAGAGAGUGGGCGUGCAGGUCGCGAUGACUCGAGAGCAGACUGUAUUCUGUAUUAUGGCUUUGGAGACAUAUUCAGGAUCAGCUCGAUGGUGGUCAUGGAGAAUGUAGGACAGCAGAAGUUGUAUGAGAUGGUGUCAUACUGCCAGAAUAUAAGCAAGUGCCGUCGUGUGCUGAUAGCACAACAUUUCGAUGAAGUGUGGAACGCAGACGCCUGUAACAAAAUGUGUGACAACUGCUGUAAAGACACUUUGUUUGAGAAGAGGAAUAUAACCCAGCACUGCAGAGGCCUGGUCAAGAUUCUGAAGCAGGCGGAGCAACUGAAUGAGAAGCUCACUCCACUGAAGCUGAUGGAUGCGUGGACGGGGAAGGGAGCAGCCAAGCUGAGAGUGGCUGGCGUCGUUGCCCCGGCCCUUCCCCGCGAAGACCUGGAGAAAAUCAUCGCACAUGCUCUCCUGCAGCAGUAUCUCAAAGAAGACUACAGUUUCACAGCUUACGCUACCAUCUCGUAUCUGAAGGUUGGAUCCAGAGCGAGUCUUCUGAGCAAUGAAGCCCAUGUUGUCACUUUGCAAGUGACGAGGUCCACACAGAGCAGCAUCAGGGCUGCGUCAUCUGAAGCUUAUCAGUCAGAACAUGCGGAUGUGAAAGGGGGAGAAGAAAGCUCAAGUAGCUCCCAGAAGUCUACAAAAAGGCCUCAGCCAUCUGGUCCUAGAAACACAGGAGCUAAGAAAAGAAAACUUGAUGAUGUCUGAAUGUGACCUAAUCUUGCACAAAAUAACUGUUUACCCAUGUUCCUGUCUGGAUCACUUUUAUAGCUAAUCAAGUGUUUACUUUUUGAAGCAAUUUUGUAUCUUAUACAUAUAAAGCUAUAUUUUCAGAGCUUAUCUGAAGAUGGGUGUAUUCAGGACCAUUGAGAAUUAUAUUUUACAUGCAAGGCUGUCUAAAUGUAAUAUAAAUGAGAUUAAGUUCAUGUGACUGUCAUAAACUCAUUUGUCUUGCCAUGACUAGCUGUUGUUUUCUGUGUGACUCUCCUUUGAAGCAACACAUGCUGGCAUGGGUGCACACACCUUCCCCAGAUGGUGUCGUUUUAAAGUGAGUAAUGCAGAUGAUUUCUGACUAGAAAAGCUGCUGUUACAAUUUAGAUAAAAACAGUAAGUCAUCAGUACCAAGUGUAUCAGCAAGAAGAUUCUACAGUCUAUGCAAAUCAAGAUAGCAGACCUCCUGAAACCCUGGCCUUACUUUAAUGUUCAGGCAAAGAAAGGAUCUGGUACUUGAGUGUUUUUGUGAGUCAAGGUUUAUUGUCAACUCUGUAGUAGGAAUGCUCAUCUGUUAAUGAAUCAUUAAACUGAGUUCAUCCUAGGA